AUGGGUGGAAUCAAGUUCAAACUGCGGGACGCUGACUGCUGUGAUUAUCUCUUGGGGUUCGUCAAAGGGAAUCCUCUUCCCUCCCACGGCUUCACCUCCAUAGCCGACCUCUACAGCCAAACGGAGCCCUGGGAGCUGUUCGAAGAUUCACAGGUAAAAGACAGCGACUGUCGUUAUUUCUUCACCGAACUCAAGAAAGUCGACGGCAAGAAGGGAAGGAGUUACCAGUGCUACUCAAGGAACGUCGGGGCCGGCGGGAAUUGGGAAUCCUCUUCCCUCCCACGGCUUCAUCUCCAUAGCCGACCUCUACGGCCAAACGGGGCCUUGGGAGUUGUUCGAAGAUUCCCAUGUAAAAGACGGCGGUUGUCGUUAUUUAUUCACCAAACUCAAGAAAGUGGGCGGCAAGAAGGGAAGGAGUUACCAAUGCUACUCGAGGAACGUCGGGGCCGGUGA